AACUUUCUGUACUCAUUAUUCUGACUUCCUGAAGAUCUGAACACAGUACAGGAGAAGAAAAAUAUCUCUACAGGAGACACCAGGACUGAAUUGUGGACUUGUUCUGGAUUAUAUGAGAAACAUGGGGUGGUUUUCUCUCAUGCUCUCAGUCUCCGUGGUGUCCUGCGCGGUUCUUCCAGCGUUCUGCGAUGAACACUCUCUGUUUUACACCUACACGGCUCUUUCUAAACCCCUCGAACUUCCUGGAAUCUAUGAGUUCACCGCACUGGGAAUGCUGGAUGACCGAGAACUCGACUACUACAGCAGUAAGACUCAGGUUAAGGUUCCUAAACAGGACUGGAUGAAAGCGAAGAUGCCACAGGAUUACUGGGAAAAAGGAACUCAGUCCCGUAAGAGCAAAGAGCAGUGGUUUAAGGUCAAUGUGGACAUCCUGAUGGACCGCAUGAGACACAACAAGACUGAGCUUCAUGUUCUGCAGUGGAGACAUGGGUGCGAGAUUGAUAAAGAUGCAAAUGGGAAAUUAAAAUUUCUAAAAGGAAUUGAUGAGUACAGCUACGAUGGUACUGAGUUCCUCUCCUUCGAUGAGGAAAACUCCAGAUGGAUCGCUCCAGUCCAGGCUGCUGAACCGACCAAAAGGAAAUGGGAUGAAGUUCCCAUCCUCAACCAGUACACCAAGGGCUACCUGGAGAAAGAGUGUGUGGACUGGCUUAGCAAGUUCAUGGAAUAUGGACAAGAAGAGUUGGAAAAACACUCUCCACCAGAUGUUCAGAUGUUUGCUAAGAAAUCAGUAUCUGACCCUGAGAAGUUGACCCUGACCUGCAUGGCCACAGGAUUCUACCCUAAAGACAUCGAGAUGAAUUUCAGGAAGUACAGAACUACUCUACCUGACCAUCUGUUAACCUCUUCAGGAGUCAGACCCAAUGGUGAUGGCACCUACCAGCUGAGGAAGAGUGUGGAGAUCACGACAGAAGAUAAAGCAUCUUACAAAUGUUAUGUGAACCACAUCACCCUGAAAGAACCAAUAAUUAUUGACCAAGGAGAAGAUAUUCGAUGUCUUGAUUGCACCAUACCGAAAAUUCAGAGUGGCAUCAUUGGAGGAGCGCUUGGAGCUUUGGUCGUUCUGGUUCUGGUUGCAGUCCUUCUCUUCGUCCUUAAGAAGAAGGGAGUGAUCAGAUGGGGAUCCAGUGGUAGAUCCUCAACAGUCAGCACUGUGAGUGAGCAGACUGAAGACAUGCUGCAGAGUGUAAAACCUGAUGUAAAAGACUCUGACAAAUCAAGUGACUCUGGACGCAGCAGUGGUAGUUCUCCUGAAGGCAGCCAGGGCAGUAUUGAGGAGAAAGUUCCUAUGAUGGCAUAGGUCUGUCUGAUCCUGGUGAUGCUGUGUGACCUGUGGAUUUGUAAACAUUGUGAAACAUAUACACCACUCUGUGUGUGUCUUCUAAAAUUAAUGAUGUUGGCAUUAUAAUCUUUUCUAGCACUUUUUCACAAGUUCUGUAGUGUUAUGAUCAGAUAUAACAAUCAUGUAGCGUAAAUACUGUCAAGAAUGUGUUAAGCUUAAAAAAAAUUAAUAAUAAAAUAAAUAUAUAUAUUUAUACACAUGAUGUUAGAGACAGAGAUCCGAUGUGGGACCCCUGUAGGAUCAGCCAAAAGAAGUAGUAGUAUGCAUUGUUAUGUAUAUUUGACAAAAUCCAAUCUUCUUUAAAUUUCCCGGAUACAGAGGCUCUGCUUUCAUGUCCAUCAUCCUCAGACUUUAGCUUUUGCAGGUUUAAUUGCUUUGGGCAAUUUUGCUUGUAUUGAAAGAAGAAUGUGUGAUCUCCCUGAUCUUUCACAGAAUUUUACAGGAAAAAAAUCACUACAGAAUCUCCGCAUAUUUUUAGUAAAACCUGAUUUAAGGUGCAUUUGAUUUCUUUUAAUCGGUGUGACGUGUUUCUUUGAUUUUCCUUUUAAAUGCAGUGUAGCAGAUCUUGUGCACCAAAACUGAACCGUUCCACACUCCAUCCUCUAAAUAAUCUCUCGCUCUCUUCAUCCCAAAGAUCUGCCAUGGCUGCAAAUAUCAUUGUGCAAUUUGUCAUGUUUAACACUGUAGUUGGUUAAAGAAGUUUCAUGUGAGUUUGUUUGUUUUUCCUUUUUGAAGAUAUUCCAUGUCUUGAUUGCACCAUACUGAAAGUUCAGAGUGCAGAUACAGAGGCUCUGCGUUCAUGUCCAUCAUCCUCAGACUUGUGCAGCUUUUGCAGGUUUAUUGAAAGCUUUAGGCAAUUUUGCUUUUAUUGAAAGAAGAAUUAGUGAUCUCCCUGAUCUUUUCACAGAAUUUGACAGGAAAAGAAUCACUAAAGAAUCGCUGCAAAUUUUUUAGUAAAACCUGAUUUAAGGUGUAUUUGAUUUAUUUUAAUCGGUGUGACUUGUUUUUUUGAUUUUCCUUUUAAAUGCACUUUUUAUUAGCUUUCAAAAGCUUCCUCCUGCUGAAGAGCAAUUAUUCAUAUUUUUGUGUAGCCUAAUAAGGUCUGUUUAUGUCUCCAUAUGUAUGGGGAGGUGGUAGCUUAGUGGUUAUUGACUUUGUGUCAAUAAGCGGUGGUUUUUGCCGCCACACUAAGCUGCCAGUCCUGGGCCCCUGAGCAAGGCCCUUAACCCCAUAGCUGCUCAGUUGUAACAAUGAGGUAAAUGAAAGUUUUUCUGUAUGAGUGCUAAAUGUUAUGUUUAUUACAUUUAGAAUUUUUACUUCCUGUAUAAAUCACGAAUAUAUAUACAGGUAGUCGUCAACUUACGACCACGAUUUGGACCGACAGAUUGGUCGUAACAUGAUUUGGUCGUAAGUAGAGUAGGCUAUAUGUACAGUACUGUGAAAUGAUGCCGGAAGCCGGUAAGCACUGUUGUACGCUGCCGCUAGCGAUUGUGGUCGUAAAGUCGAAUGGUCGUAAGUCGACAACUACCUGUAUUUAUAUACAUUUUUGGGGGGUUUUUUCCGUCAGAGGUGACCAUCGUAUCUCUAAAAUGUCGUGGUCAUGGUCUGAUUGUAUAUCAUUAUAAUGAUGAAAAAUAAAUAAUAUUUUUACAAAUAAUAAAA